AGUGCGCGAGUUUGUCAAAAAAGCCCAUUGUCAGAAAGUUUUGUGCUCUUGACUUUUUGCAGAAAAUCAGUGAUAAAACGCCCCAAAAUCCCAUAAAAAAUAUCACACAAUGGCGACCCAGAAGCCCGGGGAGUGGGCAAAUUCGCUGUUGAUGCGUUUCGAGGAGCAGCUGCCCUAUCGCAUGAUAGCAACAAAUACCAAUCAGAUGGCACAAUCGAGGAUGACACUGGACCAGACAAUGGCCUAUCUCAUUCCCAUUUCGCGCUAUCGCUUCUCUCUGGUCAUUUCGGGCCUGACAAAGAUGCUGCAGCGUGUCAAUGACACCUUCCAGAAUCCACAGAAUCGCCAAGAGCACACUGAAAAGUACUGCUAUGAUUCACUCAUCAUCAUCCUCACCACCCUGGAGAGAUGCCUCUCCAGUCAGACCAAAGAUACUGCCCGCUACGACGAGGCGAUGAAUGUGAAGCUGCUGCUUCGUGAAAUAUGCCAGUUUAUUGAUGUACAAAGUGAAAACAACCCAAAUGCAACAUCCUUGAAAGCUCUGGCUUCCAAAGUCCUUUUUGCUCUGUCCCAAAAUCACUUCAGUGCUGUCUUCAAUCGGAUCUCAGCACGUCUUCAGGAGCUCAGUGCUUGUUCUGAGGAGAAUCCUGAUUACAGUGAUAUUGAAUUGAUACAGCACAUUGAUCUCGAUGUCAAUCGACUAACAAAACUCCUCACGGAGACUCUUCUGAAGUUUAGAUUGCUGAAGAAAUCAGCUCAUCUGAUCCUUUUGAAUUCGCUGGAGAAGGCCAUGUGGACGUGGAUUGAAUUCCAUCCGCAUGAAUUUGCUGAACUCCAGCGAAAUCCAAAUGAUGAAUUGUCCAAGUGCUGUGAGCAACUCUUUGAUAUUCUCGAUUUGUAUGCUGAGAACAAGAAGAGUCGAUCGGCUGUUUGGCCUCUGCAGAUUCUGCUCCUGAUUCUGUGUCCUAAAGUCCUGGAGGAGAUUGUUAAUGCAGAUUCUGGAGCUCCGUGUUCGUCGUGUCAUCUGAAAAAGAGGCACUUUGUCGAAGGGAUUAAAAAGGGUUUGGGUUCUCAUGCUUCUUCCAAGCAACUCACGGAAUCUGCUGCAAUUGCUUGUGUCAAACUCUGCAAAGCAUCAACGUACAUCAAUAUUGCAGACUCCAACAAUGUAACUUUCCAGUUGGUUCAGAGUGUCAUCAACGAUCUCAAGGCUUUGCUCUUUAAUCCAUCGAAACCUUUCUCUCGUGGUCAAGGAUACAAUUUCCAGGACAUUGAUCUCAUGAUCGAUUGCUGGGUCUCGUGCUUCCGCAUCAAACCUCACAACAACGAAGCUCUCAAAGUCUGCCUCAGUCUUUCAUCACCGCCAGCGUAUCAUUUCGUCAUCGUGAGCUCUCUUCUCAAGAUUGUAACACAGCCACGAUUGCCAUGGUGGCCCCAAAUUGACUUGGUGUAUGCUCGAUCAGCUGAAUUGAGAGCUCUCUUCACUGAUACUCUCAACAAAGCGACUCAGGGCUACAUUGCUCAUACUCCAUUGAGGAUGAUCACGUCACUGACACUAAAAUCCAAAGAUGCCCAGAGUCGUUUGACUCGUCCAGAAGAGGGUCCAGCUCACAAGGCACUCCUUCUUCUCAUGGUUCGCCUGAUUCAUGCUGAUCCCAUGCUUCUGUUGAAUAGCCUCGGAAAGGCUGGCCAUGAAGUGCAGAGUUCAACAUUGGAGUUGAUAAAUGGCCUCGUGAGUCUAGUGCAUCAGCCAACGAUGCCUGAUGUCGCUCAGGAGGCCAUGGAAGCUCUCCUGGCACUUCAUUCGCCGGAUAAAAUUGAAGUGUGGAAUCCAGAGGCACCGAUUAAUACAUUUUGGGAUGUUAGUUCUCAGGUGUUAUUCUCAAUAUCCCAGAAAUUGAUUCAGCACCAAAUUGCCAAUUACACGGAUGUACUCAAGUGGAUGAGGGAAAUUCUCAUCUGCAGGAAUACAUUCCUUCAGCGUCACAAGGAUUAUGCCAAUGUGGGCAGUCAGAUUGCCAUCUGCCGACAGGCAAAUAUGAAAUUGGAGGUAGUGUUCUUCAUGUAUCUCUGGUCAGUGGAUCUGGACUCAAUCAUCACAUCCCUUUCCUGCUUCGGAUUGCUCUGUGAAGAGGCAGAAAUCCGAUCGGGUUCCGAUGAACUCACAGUUUCUAUCAUUCUUCCCAAUUAUCAUCUCUUCCAAGAACUCUCUGUGGCUUCCAGUGCUCUCACGACAUCCGGCUCAGAGUCCAAAUUCUGCUUUUUUGAUCACACUCAGGGCAGAGUUGCUCUGCAGAAGCAUAUCUUUGGGCUACUGAGGAAGAUUGAACAUUGUGCCAAUGGUGUUCAGCCUGCUUGGGAGGAGACUUAUCGGAAUUGGGAGGCACAAAGCAAGUUGCUGCAGACAUAUCCCAAGGGAAAGACGGAAGAUGGACAAGCGGAGAUCUUCCACAGAGGAAUGGGCAAACGGAGAGCUAGUCAUCAGAGCACAGAACACGAUUUGGAUGAACAGAUCACAGAAUGGGCCAACAUGACUUGGUUCCUCCUGACAAUCGGCGGUGUUUGUCUCAAUCGACCAGCCAACGACGAUGGGCAAAAUACAAAGCUGACGCGGGUGAAUAAGACCUCCCAAGUGCAGAAUGCCUCUUCCAUGGCGUCCCUUGCGCAUUCAAAUUCUUCCCUAUCGAGCUCUACGAGUUCUGGUAGGGGCUCAUUGCAUCCCACAACUCCGGCUUCUGCGUCCUCAACCAAGGAGGAGCAGCCGGAGAAGCAUCAGAAGAAGGAGGAAGUGGUAUUCUGUCCAGUAACUCAAUUUAUUGGACAGUUGCUGCGUCUUUUGGUGUGCAAUAAUGAAAAAUUUGGUCAACAGAUUCAGAAGCAUGUGAAGGAAUUGAUUGGGCAGCAGAUGUCUGCCCAGCUCUAUCCUAUUCUCUUUGACCAAAUCCGAUCGAUUGUGGAGAAAUUUUUUGAUCAACAGGGUCAAGUGAUUGUUACAGAUAUCAAUACGCAAUUUAUUGAGCAUAGUAUAUAUAUCAUGAAGAGUAUUCUGGAUGGGAAGCAGGCAAAGGAUCAAAAUGAUCAGCCACCUUCCAAUGAGCAUUUGAGUGUGACGAGUAUUGAGGGAAUGAUGCUGGGAAUUGUGAGGUAUGUUCGGCAUUUGGAUAUGACAGUGCAUGCAAUUCACAUUAAAACGAAACUGUGCCAAUUGGUUGAGGUGAUGAUGAAGCGUCGGGAUGAUUUGGCCUUUAGGCAAGAGAUGAAAUUUAGGAAUAAACUUGUUGAGUAUCUGACAGAUUGGGUGAUGGGAACAUCACACCAAAUUGCACCACCAAGUUCAGGUGAUGUUACGAUAAUUACGAGAGAUUUGGAUCAGGCUUGUAUGGAGGCUGUAGCGGCUCUGUUGAGGGGUCUACCGCUGCAGCCUGAGGAGUCUGACAGGGGGGAUUUGAUGGAUGCAAAGAGUGCAUUGUUUCUCAAAUAUUUCACGUUGUUUAUGAAUUUGUUGAGUGAUUGUGUGGAUACUGCAGAAGCUGAUAAGGAUCCGACGAAUCCGCCACUUCCGCCGAGGCCGAGAAUGGCAGCGGGGAAGUUGAGAACUCUCCGUAAUGCUACGAUUCAGGCUAUGUCGAAUCUCUUGAGUGCCAAUAUCGAUUCGGGACUUAUGCAUUCAAUUGAUUUGGGGUAUAAUCCUGAUCUGCAGACACGGGCUGCUUUUAUGGAAGUUCUCACGCAGAUUCUGCAGCAGGGAACGGAAUUUGACACAUUGGCUGAGACAGUACUGGCUGAUAGAUUUGAGCAGUUGGUGCAGUUGGUCACGAUGAUUAGUGACAAGGGAGAACUGCCAAUAGCCAUGGCUCUGGCCAAUGUUGUCACAACGCUGCAGAUGGAUGAAUUAGCUAGAGUUUUGGUGACUCUGUUUGAUGCUAAGCAUCUUCUGUCCCCAUUGCUGUGGAAUAUGUUCUACAGGGAAGUUGAAGUGUCUGACUGCAUGCAGACGCUUUUCCGCGGGAAUUCGCUAGGGAGCAAAAUCAUGGCAUUCUGCUUUAAGAUCUACGGAUCGAGUUAUCUGCAGAAUUUGCUAGAGCCGUUGAUAAGGCCACUUUUGGAUGAACAUUCUGCCAGUUUUGAGGUAGAUCCAGCUAGGCUGGAACCUCAAGAGGACAUUGAGCAGAAUCGAAGGAAUCUCAUAGCUCUGACGCAGAAAGUUUUCGAUGCAAUUAUCGAAUCUGCUGAGCGAUUCCCACCACAAUUGCGAUCAAUGUGUCAUUGCCUGUAUCAGGUGCUUAGUAAGAGAUUUCCCAAUGUUCUGCAGAACAAUAUUGGGGCUGUGGGAACGGUGAUUUUUCUCCGGUUUAUCAAUCCGGCUAUUGUGUCACCGCAGGAAUUAGGAAUUGUUGGCAAACAAGUACCGAGUUCGGUUAAACGUGGCUUGAUGCUGAUGUCGAAAAUUUUGCAGAAUAUUGCCAAUCAUGUGGAAUUUUCCAAGGAGCAGCAUAUGCUCUGUUUUAAUGAUAUUCUAAGGGUGCAUUUUGAGACAGCCCGGAGAUUUUUCAUCCAAAUAGCUUCGGAUUGUGAAACUGUUGAUCAGACAUCGCAUAGCAUGAGUUUCAUAUCGGAUGCCAAUGUUUUGGCACUGCAUCGACUCCUGUGGACACAUCAGGAGAGAAUUGGGGAUUAUUUGUCGAGUAGUCGGGAUCAUAAGGCCGUGGGGAGGAGACCUUUUGACAAAAUGGCUACGCUUUUAGCGUAUUUAGGGCCUCCGGAACAUAAACCUAUCGAUUCGCAUUUGCUAUUCUCCUCAUAUGCUAGAUGGAGUUCCAUUGAUAUGUCCUCGACGAAUUUCGAGGAGAUCAUGGUGAAGCAUCAGAUGCAUGAGAAGGAAGAGUUCAAGACACUCAAAUCCAUGAAUAUUUUCUAUCAAGCUGGAACGAAUAGGAGUGGCUAUCCGGUUUUCUACUACAUUGCCAGGAGGUAUAAGAUUGGCGAGACAAAUGGUGAUCUCUUGAUUUAUCAUGUCAUCCUCACCCUUAAGCCCUUCUGUCAUUCCCCCUUUGACGUGGUCAUUGAUUUCACUCAUACUUGCUCAGACAAUCGCUUCCGGACGGAAUUCCUUCAGAAAUGGUUCUACGUCCUUCCGGAAGUUGCCUAUGAAAAUGUUCAAUGUGUUUAUAUCUACAAUUGCAAUUCCUGGGUCAGGGAGUAUACAAAGUUUCACGAUAGGAUUCUCGCACAUUUGAGAGGAAACAAAAAAUUAGUAUUCCUCGAUAAUCCACAGAAACUUGUGGAAUUUAUCGAUGUGGAACAACAAAAACUCCCAGGGGCAACUCUGUCCCUCGAUGAGGAUCUCAAAGUGUUCAGUAAUGCCCUCAAACUCAGUCACAAAGAUACCAAAGUUGCAAUAAAAGUUGGACCAACAGCCCUACAAAUCACGUCAGCUGAGAAAACAAAAGUUCUAGCUCACUCCGUUCUUCUCAAUGAUGUUUACUAUGCCUCGGAAAUUGAAGAAGUUUGUCUGGUGGAUGAUAAUCAAUUCACUUUGUCCAUUGCCAAUGAAAGUGGUCAAUUGAGUUUCAUUCACAAUGACUGUGACAAUAUUGUCCAGGCUAUAAUUCACAUAAGAAAUCGCUGGGAACUCAGUCAACCGGAUUCUGUGACGGUUCAUCAGAAAAUCCGUCCAAAAGAUGUACCAGGAACUCUUUUAAAUAUGGCUCUCCUGAAUCUAGGCUCCUCAGAUCCAAAUCUCCGGACAGCAGCUUACAAUCAACUUUGUGCCCUCACGGCAACCUUUGACCUCAAAAUCGAGGGGCAACUCCUAGAAACACAAGGACUCUGCAUUCCCAGCAACAAUACCAUCUUCAUAAAGUCCGUUAGUGAAAAAUUGGCAAACAAUGAGCCACAUUUGACACUGGAAUUCCUCGAGGAGUGCAUUCAGGGCUUCCAGAGGAGCACAAUUGAGCUCAAACAUCUCUGCCUGGAAUAUAUGACGCCAUGGUUGAAGAAUCUCGUGAGAUUCUGCAAGGCUUCCGAUGAAUCAAAAAAACAAAAAGUCUCCCAGAUUCUCGAAAAACUCAUCAACUUGACCAUUGAGCAGAAGGAGAUGUAUCCAUCGAUUCAGGCCAAGAUUUGGGGAUCAAUUGGGCAAAUUCCAGAACUUAUCGAUAUGGUUCUGGAUAAUUUCAUUCACAAGUCUGUAAGUUCAGGGUUGGGAUCGCCUCAAGUUGAGAUCAUGGCAGACACAGCAGUGGCUCUGGCAUCUGCAAAUGUACAGUUAGUAGCUAAGAAAGUCAUUGGAAGGCUCUGUAGGGUGAUGGACAAAACAUGCCACUCUCCAACGCAAUUUCUCGAACAACACGUCAUUUUUGACGAUAUCGCAAUUUUGGCGCGGUAUUUGCUUAUGUUGUCGUUCAAUAAUUGCCUGGAUGUUGCUCGGCAUUUGCCGUACUUGUUCCACACUGUAACAUUCUUGGUUUGCACGGGUUCACUGUCAAUGCGUGCUUCCACUCAUGGGUUGGUCAUCAACAUCAUUCAUUCCCUGUGUACAUGUACAAAGCCCUCAUUUUCAGAGGAAACCCAGAGAGUUCUUAGAUUGUCCUUGGAUGAGUUCUCUCUGCAGAAAUUCUACCUCCUUUUUGGCAUUAGUAAAGUCAAGUCGGCUGCUGUAACGGCUUUUCGUUCAAGCUGUAGGCAUCCGAAUGAUCGAUGGCUGGGAAAUGAACGGGUUUCUCAGGCUCCACCAUCUGAUAGAGAACGCUUGGCUUUGCCAUCUUUGGAAGUUAUAACGGAUGCCCUUCUGGAAAUCAUGGAGGCAUGUAUGAGAGACAUUCCAGAUUGCGAUUGGCUGCAAACGUGGACUUCACUGUCCAAGAGUUUUGCUUUCUGCUACAAUCCAGCACUUCAGCCAAGGGCUCUCAUUGUCUACGGAUGCAUCAGUAAAAGUGUCACAGAUCAAGAUGUCAAGCAAUUACUGAGGAUUCUGGUGAAAGCUCUCGAGUCCUUUACAGAUAUCACUUUGAUUGAGGCUCUGGUGAUGUGUUUGACACGUUUGCAGCCACUCUUGCGUCCUGAAUCUCCUAUCCAUCGGGCGCUUUUCUGGGUGGCCGUGUCAGUCCUUCAGCUGGACGAGGUGACUCUCUAUGCAGCUGGAUUGGCGCUCUUGGAGCAGAAUCUGCACACACUUAAUUCGCAAAGCUUGUUCGAUAAGCAGAGUCUCAUGGAUGUUAUGAUGGCUACCAGGGAACCACUGGAAUGGCACUUUAAGCAAUUGGAUCAUGCUGUAGGGUUGUCCUUUAAGAGUAACUUCCAUUUUGCCCUAGUGGGACAUCUUCUCAAGGGCUUCCGUCAUCCAACUCCGACCACAGUUUCGAGAACUUCGCGAGUUCUUACGAUGCUGCUGGGAAUCAUUGCUAAACCCCUUCGGAGAGAUAAGUUUGAAGUGACACCGGAUAGUGUGGCUUACUUGACGGCUCUUGUGGCGGUUUCCGAGGAGGUCCGGUCGAGGUGUCACGUGAAGCACACUCUAUCCAGAUGGCCUGGUGAAGCGAAUCCCAACGAAAUAAGCGAUACAACGAACAUAUCUUCUCAGGCGAUGGGAAUGCCUCUAUCACGUCGUCAGAAAUCCUGGGACAUUCUCGAUCAGUCUGCCAUUUCAUAUGCACGUCAGCACAAAAUUCAACCUCAUCAGGAUCCACCCAUCAGGGGCAAAUCAUGGCGGAGCCUAGAUUUGAGUCAUGGCCAGACCAUGAGCAACCAGUUAGCCAAUAUGCCAAAUUCCAAUUUAAUCACCACUACUGCAGCCACCUCGCCGAACCCCAUCAGUGGCGGCGGCGUCCACUUUGGCGUCCCGGUGGCCAUUCCUGUGCCACCUGUCGCUCACGCCGCCGCCGUGCACGCACACAAUUGCCAACGCCAAGAUUUUAGAAAUCGUAGAUCAUCAUCCGAACCCGUGCACAAUGCCAUCGUGGCACUUGCCAAUGCCGAAGAUACUGUUCAGGCGUCAUCGUCGAAAAAUAGUAGUGGCUUUAUCGAUUGCCUACAAAAUAUCUCACCGAUUAAAAAUGCUAGAGUGUUGUUUAAAACGCAGAGAUCCUUUUCUGUGCCGACAACUAAAGAUGCAAAUAGUUCGGCAGGAAUUGAUGAACAUCAGGAACGUGGAUCACGAUCAUCCGUGUCAAAUGAAUCAAAUGUCCUCCUUGAUCCAGAAGUUUUGCCCGAUCUCUCAACACAGGCGCUUGUACUCACAGUUUUGGCCACUCUCGUGAAAUAUUCAACGGAUGAGGCUGAAACGAGGGUUCUCUAUCAGUAUUUGGCAGAGGGAUCUGUUGUUUUUCCCAAAGUCUUUCCAGUUAUACAUUCUCUCCUUGAUCAGAAAAUAAACAAUGUUCUGUCGGUAUCCAGUGAUCAAGUAGUUCUGAUGGCCGUUCAGAGUAUCAUUCAGAACAUGCUGGCCACUGAAGAUCCAUCUCAGCAGCAACUACACUUCCUCCAGAGUUGUGGCUUUGGUGGCUUGUGGCGAUUUGCAGGACCAUUUACUAAAUAUACGAUGAUGGGCGAGUCGUCGGAGUUAUUUGUGAAUUGUUUGGAGGCAAUGGUGGAGACUUGUCUGCCAGUUGAAGAAAGCACUCCAACCAUCCCACCUCCUCGUCCUUACAAUCUCAGUUCUAGUUUGAGUAGCCUCACCCUGGGAUCACCAACGGAUAAAGCUUUCAAUCUGAAGGCUUUCUCUUCGGAAUCGCUGGACAACGAUGGAUUCACGGGAAGUGUUAGUUCUCUCAGGAGAGCUUCGUGUAGCAAAACACGAACGGCAAAGCAUCGUCUGGCAGAAAGUCCUCCUCAUGGUCUCGGUUAAGUCUUUUUUAAUAGGAUUUUUUUUAAAUAAUUUUUUUUUUUGAAGGGUAAAAAAACCACCGCAAGGCGUUUAAAAUAGAACAUUUUUUCCUUUUUUGUAUCUUUGCUGUUUGCGUGGAUUUUUUUUGUGAAUGUUAAAUGAUGUGAUAAAAAAAGAGAAAGUGGAUGAAUCUUACGGAAUUGGAACGUCCUAGUUAAAAAAAAAUCAGGGGGAAGAGAAGGAUGCUAUUUUUUCAGUUUUAAUGUUUCUUCUCUUCAUCAAGAGAAUAUCACUUAAAAAGUUCUGUUUCUUACAAGAUGCAAUUUAUGCAAAGGAACAGCGAUAGUUUACAAAUUAGAUGUAAUAUUUGUGAUUAAUAUAUAUUUUAAAAAAAAGUGAGAGAAGUUAAUUGAAGGAGUAUUUAGAGGAGAUUACAAAGGAGAAAAAAAAGCUUCAUAUACACAUCAAAAUUUAUUAAGUGUGACAAAAAAGCCAGUGGAUAAAAUCUUUAAUAACCAUUUGUUAUCUGUUGUGUUUUUUUCUGUAACACUGUUUUACUAUGUCAUUGACAUCUCUUUGAGUAGAUCUUGAGAGUAUAUCCUGAGCAGGAAUAUUAAAUAAAAUUUAUGGAAAAGAUA